AUGGCUUUUACGCGCCGCUCUUUUAGCAAGUACCCUCUACAUUGUGGGGGCCUGCCGCUGAAGUUUGUCGCGCAUUAUAAAUACUUGGGUAUCAUCAUAGACAGAGGGUUGACAUGGUCGAAACACCUCAAGUCAACUUUGACCAAAACCAACAACCACACCAAUGUGCUACGACACGUCUCUGGAGCAUCCUGGGGUUUGACGUUUGCUGACCUGCGUCAACUACACUGCUCCCUCAUAAUAGGAACCCUACGGUACAGCUUGCCGACCCUACACGGCCUCAGUAGAAACGCAGAGAUGGAACUCCUACGGAUCCAAGCACGCAGUCUCCGAGUAUGCCUAGGAGUUCCUGGGACCACUGAGACGUACUCCGUCUUAGCUGAAGCGAAGGAACCACCCCCGUAUAUCCAGCGAGAGAGAGAGACACUCCGUACCUACACGCGAUUUCUCACCCGGCACCAAUCACAUUACCUCCAGCCUGUCGAGUCGAACUGCCCAUCGUCUGCGUUCGGAGCUGCAGUGUCCCGUCUAAAAAGCUGCAUAGCAUCGUCCACUGCACACUUCUCAUAUGCACCACCUAUGUGGACCCUUUAUACCCCUACAAUACAUACGGACAUCCCUGGCCUAGCAAAGAAGAGUAACGCGCCCCCUAUCAUCGCGCACCAACUUGUUCUGGAACAUUUAGACACUGCACACCACCGACGAAGGGAAGUGUACACUGACGGAUCUGUGGUACCAGGCAGUUCAACGGCCGCAUUCUACUUGCCGAGUUAUAACAUCCAGCAAGGAUUUAAGCUUCCUCAUGAAACAUCCUCCACAGAGGCAGAGCUCUACGCCAUUUACGCAGCAUUGUCAUACAUAUCGCUUUCAUUAGCGGACAAUUGGACGAUCCUGACUGACAGCAAGUCAGAAUUACAGAUGAUAGCCUCAUACUGUGCUAAUACGAUUAACGACAUCUGCCCAAGGAUCACAAAGCGCUACAAUGAAUUACUCGCCUCAGGCCACACUGUCUCGUUCCACUGGGUGCCAGGCCAUAUUGGCCUGCACGGGAACACAUAUGCUGACGACGCUGCGCGCCGCGCUCAUGAGGAAGGUGAGGUAAUUGCCUCAGUACCGAUGUCGUCGUCCACCAGCAGAAUUCAGGUGCGGCGGCUCUGCGCCCGCAACACACUACACUUCAUAGAGAAUGCUCUGCCUGAAAACACAUUCCUGCACUCCAUCGACCCGAAGAUGGAAUACACGACCACUCUGCGGCUCACCCGAAGGGAAGAAACUAUCGUACACCGUUUACGGUUAAACGUAGCCCGAACACCGUCACUGCUGUUCAAGAUGGGCGAACUGAACCUCUCAGCGUGCGCAACCUGCAGGGUGGAAGCAGUCACAGCGCAUCUACUACAACACUGCAGACGUUACGACACUGCCCGUGACAUCCUCAAAGGACGCCUGACUGCUCUGGGACACACACACAUAGACCUUUCUGCCGACUGGGUGCUGCAGCUGUGCUUGCCAACUCCUGCGUGUCUACAAAACGGGAAGCCUGGACAUCUUCAGCCUAAGAAUGUCACGCUGCACCACUACCAGAGCGUGCGUAAAGAAAUCAAUGCCUUGAUGGAGGGUAUCGAUGAAGAGUCCACCAUAAAAUUUCUGCCUCAGAGUCAGUGA